AUAAAUCAUUAUCUGGAAUCUUUAUAACAUAAAUAAAUCUAUAAUAAUUGAUGUAUCUCUUUCCUGUUUGUUCUGUUGCUGCUGCACAUACAAAAACAGAAGGAAGAAACCAAACAAGAAGAAGACAUUGGUUUUGGAUGAGGUGAGAGCUGCGGCCAUGGCUACCGACUUCAUAUCCAUUCCUUUGAUCGAUAUUAGUCCGCUAGUGGAGAAAUGGGAUGAUCCGAACCCGAUCCGAGAUGAAAGAGUUGCAGAAGUUGUACAACAGCUGGAUAAAGCUUGCAGAGAAGCUGGCUUCUUUUAUGUGAAGGGGCAUGGGAUUCCGGAUUCUGUUUUGAAAGAAAUUAGAAGUAUAUCUCGCCAGUUUUUCGAUUUGCCAUAUGAAGAGAAACUCAAAAUAAAACUCUCUCCAGCAACGGGAUACAGAGGAUACCAACAGGUCGGAGAGAACAUUACCAAAGGCGUUCCCGACAUGCAUGAAGCUAUUGAUUGCUACAAAGAAGUGGAACCUGGAAUGUAUGGAGGCUUUGGUGAAAUUAUGGAAGGAUGUAAUAAAUGGCCAAGUGAUCCUCCUCGUUUUAAAAAUUUAAUGGAGGACUAUGUCAGUCGUUGCACAGAUUUAUCAAGAAAGAUAUUAAGGGGAAUAGCUCUGGCAUUGGGCGGGCCUUUGGAUAUGUUCGAAGGUAAUUUAGCAGGGGAUCCAUUCUGGGUGCUUCGCAUAAUUGGUUAUCCUGCUGUCUCCCACUCCAGUUGCAAGCAAAUGCCCGAUGCCAAAAAUGAUAUCGGAUGCGGAGCACACACUGACUAUGGUUUACUAACAUUGGUUAAUCAAGACUAUGAUAUAACUGCGCUGCAGGUUAGAAACAUCGAUGGGGACUGGAUACCGGCUGCACCUGUUCCGGGCACAUUCGUGUGCAAUAUAGGCGACAUGCUGAAGAUAAUAACGAAUGGGUUAUACGAAUCAACUGUGCAUCGGGUGAUAAAUAAGUCUGCAAAAUUUCGAGUCUGUGUGGCAUAUUUCUAUGAGACAAACUAUGAUGCCGUUGUACAACCAGAGGAGAUAUGCGUGCAGAGGAGUGGUGGCGCCAAAAAGUUUGAUGAGGCUGUUUAUGGGAAGCAUUUGAGUGAAACAACCACCUGAAGAGCUGAUUUACAAAGAAAACGAGGAUGCAAAGGGAGAAGAAAGACUGUCCACCCAAUGGCUUGAUGAAGAAAAUGCCUCCACACUUGCAAACGAUGGAGUUAUGAAAAUGGCUGCAACAACACAGCAGGCUACCCACUCAAGGAAAAGAGGCUGAACAGCCCAAGCCAUGACAUGUGCAAGAUCCCAUGAAGUGUAGAAGCUGCCCUUCCCGGCACACUCGAUGACCCCCUUGUUUUUCUUUUAUUUUAUUUUUUGUUUAUUGGUCUGUGUUGUGUUUUGAGUUUGCUUCCACACUAAGCCCCAACUUGCUGACGAGCAGUAAGGCUUUAGUGUGAGGAGGGCUUUGUGUUUUAUGUUGUUUGUUUGUUUUGUGUAAGAAGCCUGUAACGGCAAGGUGCUUCUCCAUCCACAGCACAAGGCGCGGGCAGCUGAAGACCGCUUGGAAGAGAUGAAUCGAACCCCAAAACCGCUGACUCUAGGAGGGAUCAGCCAAGGAAAUGACCACCCGCACGACCAAGUAUUUUAAGUUUAUGUUUUUAAUUUUCUGUACAUAUGUGUGUCUGUUUUCCUUGCGUAUCUUCACCGCACUUAGCCUGGUGCCCAGUCUAAGUGUUAGAAGUUUGUUUGUGUUUAUGUGUUUUCUUUGGUAAGUAUUGAUGUCUUCUCCCACUUAGCCCGAUGUUUGGUCUAAGUGUGACAAGUUUGUGUAUGUUGAUAUGGUUUUGUAUGUUUUAAAAGUGCAGCACUUACUACUCUUUUCCACUUUAUCGUGUUAGCUUGAGGGUAAACAAAGAUCAAGUGAGAGGGGGGAGUAGUGUGGAGUAUAUGCUCGACUGGACUGUGUGUGUUGUCUGUUGUGCCUGAUUUAUCUUGAUCAAAUUGAACGAAGCAUGUCAAAUCUUGAAUUGAUCAGUUGAUAGGUCAAUUGGUAGGAUAGUUAAGUCAGUUGAGUGUGUCAAGUAUGUGUGUUCAGUUGUGAUUAAGAAAAUAUGUAUGAGCUGGGAAUAACAGAAGGCAUAAAACCCUCAGUGAGAGUGAACGAAGAAGGAAGUGCAUGUUGAAUUGUGAGACCCCUCUUGCUAAAAAUAAGUUGAAAUCAGUCUAGAGGAAGUAAGAACGAUGGAAGAGCCCAAAUUUUUAACCAAUUGUGAAGCCCUCCAAAGUGAGUUAUAAGCCAGAGUAGAACACUUUCUACUGAAAUAAAAAAAAUUAGAGAGGCUGCCACUUGAUGCUGAGAGGGAAAUGACAUAGGCUAGCAAGGACUAAAGGCAAUAAGAAAUAACCAGUUGGGCUAUUCUCUUUCGAACCAGAUAAACCCGCCUCAUUGUAAGGGCACCCCUUAGUUACCCCAUUUUGAACCUUCAUUUCGAAUUCAUCCUCCUUUGAAACCAUGAGGCUCCAUGCCAUGUGAGUUAGGGGAUAGAACGGAGCAGCUAACCAACUGGGGAUAGAAGGGAUGGAAAAGAAAGAUUUACAGCCAAGCAGGUAGAAAAAAAGGAAAAGGGCAGGAAUUUAUAAUCUGGCCCGGAAAAAAAAAGAGAGAAAUAGGUAAAUAAAGGGUAGGAGAAAGUGUAACCUGACCAAAAAAAAUCAGUUUAGACAAGGCUGGAAAUAAUGUAACCUGACCCUGUGGGAAAGGUUAGAUGAAUAAGGUCAAAUGGCCAAAGGAUAUUGUCAAUAUGUGGGGGAUCUUUUUGAAGAUGUAAUAGGGAGGCUGCUUCAAUUUUGCUUCCGAGUUCACAUGUCUUUCGUUGUUUCAAGUUUUUUAUGAACCUAUGACUCAUAGGAUCCUUACCUAUUUACAUCAUAAACCCUGGCCUCAUUACAACCCUAAGAAAGACCUUAAGGAACUAGUCUGUGCCUAUGGAACUCAAGCAUCAGUGGUAUGACAAAAUGAAUGAGUGAAUGGUCCUAACAUCUCUGGUGAUAAAUGAGUGACCAAGUGAAUCCAACAGUUAGUUAGAGUAGGGGCUAUCUUGACGAACUAAUAGGUUGAUCAGACUGAACAAAAGAGGAGGGAGGAAUUUGAGACUGCAAAAUAUUUGGAGUGACCUUAAGCUUGUAGGGAAUAUUGCCUGAAGUGGAGCCAGUGUCAAACAUGGAGAUGUAAAUAUUUGCUUAAGUGUUGCUUAUGUGUGUCUGUCUGUGUUAAUGUCUGUUGAGUCAGUUUAGUUUUAUUUAGGAGUCGGUCAGGGACCCAUGCAUGUAACUUGCCCUUUUUAUUAUUGUUAUUUCAUACUUGAGGACAGGCAUGGUUUAAGUGUGAGUAGUUUGACAUGACUCGUUACAAGCAUGGUUUAUAGGGGUUUAUUACACUAACCAGGGUGAUAAUGUGCGAAAAAGUGGUGAAUUUAAGUGUGAAAGUACUAAAAAGUGUUGAAGCGGCAGAAUGCAUGAACAACUUAAUCAACUCGGAAAAUGAGCGAAAAAUGGCCAAAUCUGAAGACAAAUUGAUCAGUUGGAGACAAGCAAUGGAGUCUGCCCAACCAGCAAGUUGAUCAAGUGGAGUUCACCACAUGAAUGAGUUGAUCAAGUGGAGUUCACCACAUGAGAUGACUGAGUUGAUCAAGUGGAGUUCACCACAUGACUGAGUUGAUCAAGAGGAGUUCACCACAUGAGAUGACUGAGUUGAUAAAGUGGAGUUCACCACAUGACUGAGUUGAUAAAGUGGAGUUCACCAAAUGAGAUGAUUGAGUUGAUCAAGAGGAUCUCACCACACGAAGACGUAUCUGCUGAAUCAUCCUCAAUUACUUCAAGGGUAAAUUGGUCAAAUUGGACGAGAAGUUGCCUUAGGGUUGAGGUUGAAGCCGCCCUUUAAAUAGAAGCUUUCCACGAUGAAGAGGCAGCGCUUAACGCUAUCGUAGUUUAGGUAGGAAGCUCUCAUAGGCGCUUAACGCCACCGCUUCCUUAGCUUAGUUCCGUGGUUUCGACGGAGGAAUUGACAACUCCGACGUCGGGAUUACGUUUUAUUUCAUGUUUUCAAGACUUUAGUGUAGAUUUACAGUGUGUUGGCCAUUUCAACGGUGGAAUUGACUCCUCCAUCGUAGAAGCUCCUUCACACCUUGCUUUCUAGUUAGAUUAAAUGGUUUCAACCGAAGAAUUGACGACUCCGCCGUUGGAUCUCAGUUUAUUUCAGUUUUAUGAAGCUUUGGUUUAUUUUGA